AGUGACGGUCAUUGGGCAUCUCGAGAACUUCAAGAGUCGGACACGUCAGGAAUUGGCUGGACCAACUACUCGGCUUGUUUCACCGACCAAGUCCGUUAUCUUCUAAAUAAACUACAUAGUACUUCUAAAGAAGAUGUAGAGAGGAAACUCCAACUUGCUGAAGGAACCCGUAUAAUGGAGAUGACAGGUCUCCUCAUAUCGUUGGUGGCGCUGCUGGUAUCCAUCUUGAUCUUUGCACGGUUCCGUUCUCUUCGGAACAGACGAAACGCAAUCCAUAAAUAUCUGUUUCUGGCGAUGUCUACUCAGGUACUGGUUCGCCUUGUAUUGUACAUUGAUCAGUGGAUCUCUCGCGGAUCGCCCGUGUUGUGUGAAUCUUUCUACGUGCUCCUUGAAUACACGCGAACGGCUGUUUUUACGUGGAUGCUACUAGAGGGCGUUCAAAUCCACGCUCACAUCAUUGUGGUUUUCCCGGACAACAUUAAGUUCCGUGUUUACCACGCUAUUGGAUGGGGAAUUCCUCUUAUUCUGGUUGGUACAUGGACCGCUGUGAUGGCUACGUUUCACUCAGAAACUGUAUGUUGGUGGGGUUAUCCCUUUAACUCUUAUUUCUGGAUCCUGGAAGGACCCCGAAUUUUUUGUAUUUUGGUAAACCUCAUCAUCCUCCUGAACGUUGUAUGCAUCAUCUUCAUGAAAGUCCACAACAACAACAAUACCGAGAUCCAGAAGAUUAAGGUUGCUGUGAGAGCAGCUUUGUUCCUCCUCCCGUUGCUAGGAAUUACUUCUAUUCUACAGGUGAUCCCGGCUCCUCUUGACAAAUCACCAUUCGAGUUUGGCAUGUGGGCAUACUCAACUCACCUGCUGUCUUCUACUCAGGGUUUUGUUCUGGCUCUUCUGUACUGUUUUAUUAACCAGGAGGUGAAAACCGCAGUCGUCAAACGUUGGCGUUCCUUCAAGUUGACCCACUCAUGGCCUGGUGAAAGAGGGGGUAACCAAUCAGAUGAACAGCAGCUUCCAGAAGUAAGAGUAGUGUAAGUGGCUGUCUCUGAA